UCUGCGAGUGACGACACACGCACCAACUCUUUUUCCUUUGGACACACCCUUAACAAUAUUGUACUCUAGUGACAAUGUUUUAAAAAUUCAGAGGCACGAGGUUAAUAUUUUUCUCUCUAAUGAUCACCGAGAUUUACUUGGAUACGAUUUAAAGACGAAAAAAGGGAAACUGAUAGUGCCACGGAAAACGAAAAGUUACUGACUACGUGUAGUAAAGUCUCGUGCCAAGCUGACAGCUGAGCCCUCGGGACGUGAUGUCAAACAAUCUUGUUGUCAAGUGAUUGGAUUCGUAAAUCCUUAUAUCGGCAGUUUCAAGUCCGACCUCCGUCAUCGACGAAGCUCUGUUCGGAUUUGUUCGUUAAAUGACUGUGAAAGCAGUAUCAGAAAGACUCGUCUGUUGUGCGCGCCAUAUCAAUAACUGAGCACUUGAAAACGCCUCAGAUUUUAUGCUAAAGGCCACAUUUGCAUGAUUAAGGACGUAAAAAGACCUCUUAAGGCUAUCAUCUGGAAGACCGUCCUCCCCGACGACCGGCCAUGUCUCAGACGGAAUCCGAACUGGACCAAAAGCUGGUGAUGAACGGAGACGCGGGGUUCCGGGGCUCCCUCUCGCCUCGCCUCGCGCCUGCAGUCAGCAUGAACCCUGCGGCGCCCAAGCUAAACAUGGGUGUCGACUUAAAGCCUCAGCAGCAAGGGCUGCUCCGGCCGGGCGUGCGCAAAGACAUCAUCAGGAAGAACGGCGACUGCAACAUCACCUUCUCGAACCUGAAGAAGCGACGGUCUCGUUACCUCCAGGACCUGUACACUACACUCGUCGACGUGCAGUGGCGCUGGACCCUCUUGGUCUUCUUCCUCGCCUUCAUUAUUAGCUGGCUUACUUUCGCCUUCAUCUGGUACAUGAUCAUCAAGGUCAACGGCGACGUCGACGGCGCUAAGAUUUGCAUCGAAAAGGUUGAGACUUUCACGGCAAGCUUUCUCUUCUCGAUUGAGACGCAGCAUACCAUUGGAUAUGGAUCCAGAUACAUCACGGAGGAAUGCCCCGAGGCAGUGUUGGUGAUGUGCAUUCAGAGCAUCACUGGCGUCAUAUUGCAAGCUUUCAUGGUGGGCGUUGUGUUCGCUAAGCUGACCCGUCCCAAGCAACGCACCAACACCAUUAUGUUUUCCCGCAAUGUAUGUAUCUGCAUGAGGGACGGCCGCCUGUGUCUGCUGUUUCGCGUCGGGGACAUGAGGAAGUCCUUCAUCAUCGGGGCCAACGUGAGAGCUCAGGUAAUCCGGAAACGCACAACACAAGAAGGAGAAUUGAUUCCGUACCACCAGUAUGAUGUAAAGUUGGGCAGUGAUGACGGGUCUGAGAACCUCUUCUUCAUCUGGCCCAUGACCAUCGUUCACACUAUUGAUGAAAACUCCCCUUUCUACAAUAUGUCUGCUAUGGACCUCAUGAGUGAGAAAUUUGAAUUAGUUGUGUACCUUGAAGGGACAACAGAGUCUACAGGAACCACAAUGCAGGCACGAUAUUCAUACCAACCAUCAGACAUACUUUGGGGACAUCGAUUUGAAAAUCUAAUCUUCUUUGAUAAAUCAUCAGAUAACUAUGUAAUAGACUUUAGAGAAUUCAACAAGACAAGAGAGAUCUCAACACCACUAUGCAGUGCUCAUGAUUUAGAAGACUUCAAGCAGCAGAGCAAUGACCCUUUGAUGUGUUGCACUCCUUCAAAUUCUGACCAGAUUGUAUGUCUUGAGCCUGAUAUUUUUGCCUCACAGGAAAGUCAUGCAGAUGAUUGAUGAAGAGACUACCAUGAAAGUUGAGACCAUAUUUGAACCUGUUGACCCCAGGAGUGUGUGUUUGCAAGCACUGUCCACUAUGAAUCAAUGCAAUUCAUUUUGUUUAUACAUAGAUGGCAACAGAACUUAAUCCCCAAGGAAUCAGUUACUAGGCCUACCAUAUUUGACCUGGUCACCCCAUUCAUUGAAUUUUGAGAAAGAAAGCUGUUAUUAUUACUAGUUAACUAUUGUUAUUGUUAAGAAUAUAGUAAUGAUAGUACUAAUAAAUGGUAAACAGGUACAGUCAGGUAGGCCCUGGGAACCUAGGGAACUAAACUUUUGUGAAACCAUCAAUAUGUAAAGAAAUUUGACCAAACAAAACUACAGGCAACAGGGCAUGUAUCCAGCACAAAUGGAUUAAAGGUAAAAAGAGAUCUUUUCAGGUACUGAGGCUACAAGUUAUAUCCAUUGGUGUAGGAAGGUUCACUGCCUCCUACUGCUAUCAUAAAAUUGCUUUGAGAGAUUUCAGGUAUUUAGUAUAAAGAGUUAAGUGUUCUUUUACAUUUCCCUCUGUUUUUAGUCCAUAGACAAGCUACUGCAAAAUCACAGUAAAGAUUAUUGCUGUUAGUAUAUGUAGGCAUAUGACACAUCCCAAUAUCCCUGACCCUGAAAUGUAUUUGAAAUAAGGUAAUUAAUGAUAGCAUUGGGGUGUUAUUAAAAUGUACAGUUAUUUUAGAGUUACAGUGUUAAUGGUAAUUAUAAUUUCUUGCAUUCCAUGUGUAUUUGUUAAAAAUAUUGGUAUGAUAUUCAGUUUGUCUGCAUAAUACCAUGAAAUUGGAAAUUGUUUUUGUGAAUUAGUGUAAAGAACUUUAUUUUUUGUGUGUUUUUAUUUGGCAUUUGUAUUAGAUUUUUUUUCAUUAUUCAGUUAGCUAAAAGAAAGAAUAAUUUUGGUUAUAUAUUUGUGUGUAUUUUGCAGUGGAGUUUAAAAUUGUAAUAGGAUAUAUUUAUGUGUAUG